AAGUAACUCUAAAUUGCCAGUAACCAGAGCACGCUCACUUGAAUGGCGUCGUCUAGGAAUGAAGAAGCUGCUCCGAGCAUGGAGUGAUGGAGGUGGUGGAGGAAAUGACAACGGCGGCGAACACCGCCGCAUCGCCCGACGGCGGCGACGACGAGCACGACUCCAAGGAGAGAGUUCUUCAGAGAUACUUCCUUCAGGAAUGGAAGCUCGUGAAGUCCCUCCUCGACGACAUCGUUUCGCGCGGCCGUGUUUCCGAUAUCUCAUCCGUUCACAAGAUCCGAUCCAUUAUGGACAAGUAUCAGGAACAAGGUCAACUCCUAGAGCCGUAUUUGGAGAGCAUAGUUUCUCCCUUGAUGGAAAUUGUCCGUUCCAAAACAGCUGAAGUAGGGGAAGCCUCGGAUGAAGUUCUCGAAGCCAUUAAGCCUUUGUGCAUUAUCAUUUAUUGUUUGGUAACCGUUUGUGGAUACAAGGCUGUUAUCAAAUUCUUCCCGCAUCAGGUUUCUGAUCUAGAGCUUGCGGUCUCUCUGUUGGAGAAAUGCCACAUUGCACAUUCAGCAACAUCCUUGAGGCAAGAAAGUACAGGCGAGAUGGAAGCGAAGUGUGUGAUACUAUUAUGGCUUUCCAUACUAGUCUUGAUCCCUUUCGAUAUAUCAUCUGUGGAUACUAGCAUUACUGAUAGUCAGUCCACAAGCACAAGUGAACCACCUCCACUGGCACUGAGGAUCAUAGAAUGCUCUAAAGACUACCUUUCAAAUGCUGGCCCUAUGCGUACUAUAGCUGGAUUGCUGCUUUCAAAACUUCUAACACGCCCUGAUAUGUUGAAGGCCUUUAACAGCUUUAUUGUUUGGGCACAUGAUGUCAUGUCAUCUGAUGCAAAUGACAUAAAUGACCACUUCCAGUUAUUGGGUACAGUUGAAGCAUUGGCUACCACAUUCAAGACUGGGAGUGCGCAAGUAUUGCUCAAUGUGGUUCCGACUGUUUGGCAAGACACAGCUGCACUGGUGAAGUCUAGCAAUGCAGUAAGAAGUCCAUUGCUCCGCAAAUAUCUUGUAAAGUUAGCUCAACGAAUAGGGCUUAUGUGCUUGCCUCACAUUUCUCAAUCAUGGCGCUACAUGGGCAGGAAGCAAACUCUUGGAGAGACAUCCAAAGACUUGACCAGAAUUGAUAAAAACAAUGAAACUGCCAUUAGAGAUCCUUCAGAGUUAUUUCAGGAGGAAGAUAUGGAUGUUCCUGAGAUGGUAGAAGAGAUUAUUGAUGUUUUGUUGUCUGCACUGCGAGAUACGGACACUGUCGUGCGUUGGUCUGCUGCAAAGGGUAUUGGCCGUGUUACUUCACGCUUAACUUAUGCACUUUCAGAUGAAGUUCUUUCAUCUGUACUGGAGCUUUUUUCUCCCAUUCAGGGUGAUGGUUCAUGGCAUGGAGGUUGCUUGGCACUGGCUGAAUUAGCACGUAGAGGAUUACUCUUACCCAUCAGCUUUUCAAAAGUUGUGCCAUUUGUAGUGAAGGCCUUACAUUAUGAUGUUCGAAGAGGUCCACACAGCAUUGGAUCACAUGUACGCGAUGCUGCUGCAUAUGUUUGCUGGGCAUUUGGUCGUGCAUAUUAUCAUAGAGAUAUGAGAAGUGUACUUGAACAGCUUGCUCCGCAUCUCCUGACUGUUGCUUGUUAUGACCGAGAGGUUCUGACAACUGCUAAUGAAUGUUUCCCUUUCUCCACUAUUUGUUAUUCUGUAGUGCGUGGAGCCGGGGGUCUCUUGGAAACAGCCUCCCUACUUCCGAGUAGGGGCAAGGUUAAUUGUAGAAGAGCAGCUGCUGCUGCUUUUCAAGAAAAUGUGGGUAGACAAGGAAAUUACCCACAUGGCAUUGAUAUAGUGAAUACAGCUGAUUAUUUUGCACUUUCUUCCCGCGUAUACUCUUAUCUCCACGUUUCGGUUUGUAUUUCUGGAUAUGAUGGAUACCUACACCCUUUUGUCAAUGAGUUGCUUCAUAACAAGAUCUGUCACUGGGACAAAAGUUUGAGAGAGCUUGCUGGAAAUGCUCUUUCAUCUCUUGUCAAGUAUGAUCCUGAAUAUUUUGUAGAUGCUGUUAUGAAGAAAUUAAUUCCUUGCACUCUGUCUUCUGAUUUAUGCAUGCGUCAUGGUGCAACCUUAGCUCUUGGAGAAGUCACUUUGGCUCUGCACAAGUGUGACUAUAUUCUUUCCCCAGAUCUCCAGAAACAAGUAGCUGGUGUGGUUCCUGCAAUUGAGAAAGCACGACUAUAUCGUGGGAAGGGUGGAGAGAUAAUGCGUUUUGCUGUUUCACGUUUCAUAGAGUGCAUUUCUUUGGUGCAUGUGCAUUUGACCAACACAACAAAACGAAAUCUGCUUGGUGCACUCAAUGAGAAUUUGAAGCACCCUAAUUCUCAGAUACAGGGUGCUUCUGUUGCUGCCCUGAAGAGCUUCAUCCCUGCUUACCUUGUGGCUAUAGAAAAUAAACCAUCAAUUGACAUUCUGGAUAAGUACCUUGAACAAUUGAAUGAACCCAAUGCAGCUGCCAGAAGAGGAUCGGCACUUGCUCUUGGUAUAUUGCCUUGUGAGUUUUUGGCUAAAGGAUGGAAAAAUGUGCUAUCAAAGCUUUCAAAGGCUUGUGAGAUCGAGGAGAAUCCUGAAGAUAGGGAUGCAGAAGCACGGGUAAGUGCCGUGAAGGGGCUUGUAUCAGUGUGUGAAACAUUAACUUACACAGAACAACUCUCUGAUUUCUUCUCUGAAGAAGAUUACCAUUCUCUGUUUUUUGUCAUCAAGAGUGAAGUGAUACAGAGUUUGCUUAGAGCUCUGGAUGAUUACUCCAUAGAUAAUAGAGGUGAUGUGGGUUCUUGGGUUCGUGAAGCUGCCAUUGAAGGUCUUGAGAAAUGUUUAUAUAUUCUAUGCAAGAGAGAGUCCAAUCAUUUGCCAAGUCAAUCAGAAGUGGCGCAUCUUGAAGACAAGAGGGGAUUAUUUUUUGAUGAAGAUCUAGCAACCUGCAUUGUUGGAGGCAUUGUUAAACAAGCAAUGGAAAAGAUGAAUAAAUUAAGAGAAUUAGCUGGAAAUACUCUCCAGAGAAUUUUGUACAAGGAAAUUUUUGUUCCAUUCAUACCUUAUAGAGAGAGACUGGAAUAUCUGGUUCCUAAUGACACGGAUCUGAAGUGGGAGGUACCUACAUUUUCAUUUCCUCGUUUCAUUCAGUUACUUGGGAUCAAUUGUUACAGUAAAUAUGUGGUUUCUGGAUUGGUUAUUUCUAUUGGUGGAUUGCUCGAUUCUUUGAGAAAAGUAGCCGUUGCUGCUUUAACGGAUUACCUUCAAUCGUCAGAAAGCCACAAUGGUUCUAGAGAGGAGAGUUUGUCUAAUGACAUUCUUUGGGUUCUUCAAAUGUAUAAAAGAUGUGAUAGGGUCACCACACCAACUCUAAAGACUAUCGAGAUUCUCUUGAGCAAAAACAUAUUUGUAAACAAGGAGGCACAUACUUCUGUCUUCUGUGCUGCUGUUUUGGACUCCCUUCUGGUGGAAUUGAAAGGAUCAAAGGACUUCUCCAAGUUGAAUGCUGGAAUCGCAAUUCUGGGAUAUAUUGCUUCACUUGUAGAGCCUAUUAGCACCCAGGCGUUUAGCCAGCUAACGGCUUUCCUCAUUCACCGUUAUCCAAAGAUAAGGAAAUCCAGUGCAGAGCAAGUAUAUCUUGUCCUCCUACAAAACACAAGUCUUGUUUCAGAAGACAAAAUGGAGGAAGCACUUGAAAUUAUAUCUGAAACUUGCUGGGAAGGAGAUAUUGGGGAAGCUAGACAAAAGAGAGCUCAGCUUUGCACCAUAGCUGGCAUUGAAAUUGGCCAGACCUCUGGAAAUGGGGGUUUACCACGCAAGCCUGCUGGAAAACUGACCAAUGCAGAUGAAAAUGAAUCCUACUUGUCUCUGGUUGGAUCCACUGGGUUUUAGUCGGAAAUGUGGUCCUUUGAUUGGCCAAGGAAGACUGUUUGAUUGCCUAUCAAGCAUAUGGACCGUUCGGAUCAGUAAAACUGAUUUGUAGCCGUCUGAUAAACAAUCGGGCACGUGCUGAUAUAUAAUGGCUCAGGUGCACCUAGCGGAGAACCCUUAUCUGGUUUUACCAUUUUGGUCAUUGUGGUCUUGCCAUGCUUUGCCAUAGCUCAUGUUUGGCUUGUUUAGUGUUCGUUCAUGUUCGUUUAAUUUAAACAAACAUGACGGAGACUUGUUUUAGGGCUCUGAUUAUUAAAAACACACAACCUGAACCACGAGAAGCUCAUUUGAUAAAAAGCUCAUGAACGGGUCAGUCGGUGCUUAUUAAGCGUGUUCGUGGACAAAGCCUGAUAAGCUUUAGUGGUCUUUAACAAGUUUGAUGAAAGGAUAGAGUAUAAUUUUAUAUACUCUGUAUUUCAGUGUAAAUUGUAAUUUGAGAAAAGUGAUUUUUGUUUCAAUGAUGUGAAAAUAGAUGUUUAUUUGAUGU